CACACCGGCGGCUUCUUCAUCCACACCAGCCGCAUUAUGGCAGUGACUGCCUGGAUCCCCGUGGCCGAUAUCUCCAGGUAGGGCGGGGGAUUGUGCUACCUCGAAAAGGGCACACUCUUGAUGAGGAGGUUGAAGGAGAUUUCGCAGCAACGGCAAAAGCUUCCAGUUUAACGUACGCGGAAGUCAAAAAUGCCUUCAACCGAAACAUCAUAAGCGGUAGCUUUCUUGCAGAUGGCCCAUCAGGCUUGGAAAGCAAUGGAAUCGACGUAUGCUAUAUGACCCAUAUGCCCAUCGAGUCCAUCGGUAUACUGACGUGUGACUGAUCUAUGCUUCGAUGAUCAACUACGAGCCCGAUAACGAAAUUCGACAGGGGACAGAUUUCCGACUCGUCAAACAGUCUCGUCUUUGGGAUACUUGAUGGGCAGACGAUCAUACCUUCGGCAAUGGCAUC